AUGGUUUCUAUCAGAACUGAAAAUGUUACUCAACUUUACAGCAUCGUGGCCACCCAGGAGCUCACAGUCAGUCCAGCAAAUUUCCGCAACCAUUCAGGAGCACAUCAGCUUUAUCAAUAUGAAUGUGUUAAUGCAGAAAUAUGGAAAUGGCUACAGGAUUAUCAGCCUGCAUUCCUCUGGUUUAUAUUUAUUCUGGGAGGAAUAGAAAAUUCCUUUGUCCUCAUCGUCCUGUGUUUCCACAAGAGUCGCUGCACAGUGGCUGAAAUUUACUUAGCAAACAUGGCACUUGCUGACCUAUUGCUAGUUUGUGCUUUACCAUUUUGGGCCAUUAAUAUUUCUAAUAAUUAUCAAUGGCCUUUUGGCCUGUUUCUCUGUAGAGCUGUCAACAUAAUGAGCAACAUGAACUUCUAUUCCAGCAUUUAUUUCCUGACACUAGUAAGCAUCGACCGUUAUCUGGCCUUGGUGAAAACCAUGUCUCUUGGACGGAUGCGACGAGCUGUCUGUGCCAAAUGGAACAGCUUUGUAGUCUGGUUGUGUGCAUUGCUCCUAUGUUCACCUUCAAUCGUGUUCAGAAAUUUACAGUAUUACAAAGAAUACAACAUAACAGCCUGUGGCCUUCUUUACCCAGCCAGCUACUGGGUGCCUAUCCAGAACUGCUUGCUGAAUACUGUGGGCUUUUUGAUCCCGCUCUGUAUAAUCUCCUAUUGUACUGCACAAAUUAUCAAAACCUUAAAAAGUAGUGAGGCACAAAAGCUGAAGGUCGUCCAGACAGAGAGAAAAGCCACCAUGCUGGUCCUUGCUGUGCUCUUGCUUUUCAUUGUUUGCUGGUUUCCAUUCCAGAUCACCACCUUCAUCAACACAAUCAGUUACUUCCUACCCACUUUCAAAUGCCUGGAAGAAAUCAAUGACAUACUGACUGAGAUCGCUGUGUACUGUGCCUUUAGCAACAGCUGUCUGAACCCAGUUCUGUAUGUAAUUGUUGGGAAGCAUUUCCAGAAGAAGGCUGUGGAAUUCUUCGAGGGACUGGUCCCAAAAAGAUGCAGAAAAUCAAAGUCUGUGCAGAUGGGAAAUUCCCUGGACACUUUAAGAACUUCUAUUUCAAGUGAAUACCCAAGGAAAAAGUCUGAUUUCCAAUUACAAAAAUAG